AUGGGAGACCAAAUCUCAUGGGCGACGAUGAGUUUAGCUUUCAAUAAGAUGAAACCCUACUUGGCCAUGAUAUCUUUGCAAUUCGGCUAUGCCGGAAUGUUCAUUAUUGCCAUGGUGUCUUUCAAGCACGGAUUUAGUCAUUGGAUUCUUGUCGUCUACCGCCAUGCUGUGGCCACACUAGUUACCACUCCCUUUGCAUUUUUUCUUGAAAGGCCAGUGUUGGAUCAAAACUUGUACUACGUUGGAAUGAAGUCCACAUCUGCAACAUUUGCAUCAGCAAUUGUCAAUGUUCUCCCUGCCAUCACCUUCAUCAUGGCACUUGUUUUCAGGUUGGAGAAGGUAAACCCAAAACAGAUACAUAGUCUAGCAAAGAUCAUUGGAACAGUAAUAACAGUCUCAGGAGCAAUGUUCAUGACAUUGUAUAAAGGCCCUAUUGUCGAUAUCUUUGGGUACUCGAAAGGUGUUAGCCACCAUCACCAUGGACCCACUGCUGACUCGGCCGAUCAUGAACAUUGGCUUAGUGGCACGAUCAUGUUGAUUUCGUGUAUUGUAGGAUGGUCCGCCUUCUUUAUUGUUCAAAAUAAGACGUUGAAGGAAUAUCCAGCCGAGCUCUCCCUUACAUCUUUAGUUUGUUUCAUGGGCACGGUGGAAGGUGGAGUGGUGGCGUUGGUAAUGGAACGCCAUAAGAGUGCUUGGGCUAUUGGUUUCGACUCGAGGCUUCUAGCUGCAGCCUAUUCCGGGAUUGUCUGCUCAGGAAUUGCAUAUUACAUGCAAAGUACUGUGAACAAGGUACGAGGUCCAGUGUUUGUGACAGCAUUUAGCCCCCUAAGCAUGAUAAUCACAGCUGUUCUAGGAGCCAUUAUUUUGUCUGAACAAGUUCACCUUGGGAGCUUAAUUGGAGCAAUCAUCAUAGUAUUCGGACUUUACUCAGUGGUGUGGGGUAAAAGCAAAGAGAAGACAACCUCUGAUAUGUUAACAUACCAUGAAGGCAAGGCCCAAGAAUUGCCUGUGGUGGAGAUAAAAACAUCAGCCGACGUUCAUAAUGACAAAUUUGAAACUACUGGAAAAUCCCAUAUUCCUCAUAUCAAUUCUCUACAGCAAGAGCUGUGA